UUAAAAUUCUAACCGAAAAAAUCAUCAGGCAUGUUGCAUUGUCAAGUCAAAUUGUUUUUAUAUUUAUCCCUUGAAAAAUUUUUGUUUGAAGAUGCUUUCUCACGUAUCUCUCAACAGCGAUGGCACGCCUGCUUCGCCUGUACUGGCCAAGGUUCAAGAGUACAAAGACACUUUGAAGGUUCAAGCUGAAGAACUGGUAAUCAAAGGGUUCCCGGAGACAAUCGUGAAGCUUAACAACAUCCUGGAAACGCCCCAGUUCCGUAACAGAGCCUUCACUGAGGUCCAUCAAGAUUUAAACAUACCUGUUCCAGACCCGAUCUUGUUAAACAGUAAUUCCGAUUUGCCUCCUGCAAAGAAGACUAAAUAUGAUAACAGUAUAUCGAAAGAAGGGACGAAGGUGCUUGCACUUCCUAGUGGAUCUGUGGCAACCAACAAAAACCUGGUUGAACUUGUAGAGUUGGUGAAACCGCAUAUUCGCAAGCUUGUGGAAGACUCAAACACUAUGAAAAUGUGGAUUUCCUUUAUGAUUCCUAAGAUAGAAGAUGGAAAUAACUUUGGAGUAUCAAUCCAGGAAGAUACAUUAGCUGAAGUACAGUCAGUUGAGUCCGAAGCAGCAGCUUUUUUUGAUCAAAUCUCAAGAUAUUUCAUUUCUAGAGGAAAAUUAAUAUCAAAAGUAGCCAAAUAUCCACACAUUGACGACUACCGUAGGGCGGUGCAAGAGUUAGAUGAAAAAGAGUACUUAAGUUUGUGGCUGGUGAUGUCAGAGAUCAGGAACAGGUACUGCGCCCUUCACGAUAUCGUUCUGAAGAAUUUGGACAAGAUUAAGAAACCUCGGUCGGCCAACGCGCAAGAAUCUUUAUAUUGAGUAGGAGAUUAUUUUUUUCAAUAAAUUGCUAAGAAACUUUUAUUAUU